AAACAGUAACAUCAUUAGACCAAAAAACCAAACCCUGCAGCAUUUCUUCUACAUCGUGCUGAAACAAAGUCAAUAAUAAUACUCCUUUCUUUACAUUCUCCAAAACCAAAUCAAUGUCGUCUUCAGAGAUUCUUCAACAACUCGAAACUCUGAAGGAAGAAAAGUCCAAAAUCGACCACAAAAUUUCACUUCUCGAAGCUCAAUUGAAGGAAAUUAAUCUCCAAAACGCCGCCGCUGCAUCAUCAUCAUCAUCCAAUGACUCUGUACGGUACCCUACUAAUGGAUUAGAGCCUCACAUGAUUCAUAGAUACAGUCGCCACCUUGUUCUUCCUUCCUUUGGUGUUCAAGGACAAGCGAAUUUGUUGAAGUCGUCAAUUUUAGUUGUGGGAGCUGGAGGGCUUGGUGCUUCUGCAUUGUUAUAUUUUGCAGCUUCUGGUGUUGGUAAACUGGGUGUUCUUGAUCAUGACAAGGUUGAGUUGAAUAAUAUGCAUAGGCAGAUUAUACACACGGAAGCAUAUAUUGGUCAGCCAAAAGUGAAAUCCGCCGCUGCUGCAUGUCGCUCGAUCAACUCAUCUAUUGAAGUUGUGGAACAUGAAGAAGCUUUGAAGAAUUCCAAUGCUUUGGAAAUUUUCAGCAAAUACGAUAUAAUAGUGGAUGCAACAGAUAAUGCUCCCACCCGGUAUUUGAUCAGUGACUGCUGUGUCGUACUAGGAAAGCCCCUUGUAUCAGGUGCGGCUGUGGGAUUGGAAGGACAGCUUACUAUCUACAAUCACAAUGGUGGUCCUUGCUUUCGAUGCCUCUUUCCAACUCCACCACCUAGAGCAGCAUGCCAAAGUUGUGCUGAUGGUGGAGUACUAGGAGUAGUUCCUGGUAUAAUUGGCUGUCUCCAAGCUCUCGAGGCAAUUAAGAUUGCGGCUUCUGUUGGUGAACCACUCUCUGGAAGGAUGCUUCUCUUUGAUGCAUUGGCUGCACGGAUCCGUAUUGUUAAAAUCAGAGGAAGGUCUCCACAAUGUGAAGCUUGUGGAGAAAAUGCAAUAAUGAAUCAGCAGUACUUUCGAGAAUUUGAUUAUGAGAAGUUCACUCAAACUCCCUUGUCUGAGGCUCCAUUGAAGUUAAAUCUACUUUCUAGUGAGUCAAGAAUCAGCAGCAAGGAGUACAACGAAAUCCUUCUCAACAAGGAAUCACAUGUGCUUGUCGAUGUUAGACCGGCUCACCAUUUCAAGAUUGUGUCUCUUCCAAAUUCCGUCAACAUUCCAUACGCAGAUAUAGAGUUUAAGUUGCCUGAAAUAUCAUCAAUUUUGAAGAAAGAUGAAGAUGAAAAAAGUCCGGAAUUGUAUGUUGUAUGCAGAAGAGGAAAUGAUUCUCAAAGGGCUGUUCAAUACCUUCACAAAAUGGGGUUUGCUUCUGCUAAAGAUAUUGUUGGAGGUUUGGAGGGUUGGGCUAAAAAUGUUGAUCCUAACUUUCCCACUUAUUAGCUAUGUAGUUAAAUUUUGAUCAAGUUUUAUACUUCUAACUUUGAUUAUUAUAUAUUUUUGUAGGGGUGCUGUAUUCAUUUUCCUUGUAUUUUUCACCUUAUUUUUAGAAUCCUUUGAGAAACUUUUGCAUUGGUUAGAAUAUUUUUCACCUUAUUUUCCUUGUAAUGGAUUGGUUUACAGUGCAACUUAAUCUAUAUUGUUUCUACCCAUUUCUUUUUUUAGGGACUUCCUAAAACUUCACAUCGAUCUGGUUCGAAAGGAUUCAUCCAGACGCCUUGUCUCCAAAAACAUUUUUCAAGUGUAUGUUUAUAUUCAUAUAAAUCAUUAUCAUGAUAAAAGGAUCCAUGAUUUUGAAACAUACCAUUCAGAAGCGUUAAAAC